AUGUCAUCAUCAUCUACCUACAAAUUAAUUUAUUUCGCCGGUCGUGGCUUAGCUGAAACAUCUCGUAUGUUGUUUAAAGCUGCUGGUCAAGAUUUCGAAGAUUAUCGUUAUCCAAUUACAAUAAACGAUGGUCAAUACAUACGACCUGAAUGGGAUGCUGCUAAAUCGAAAUAUAUUUAUGAAAAAAUUCCUGUGCUUGAAAUUGAUGGUGGUAAAUAUACAAUAGCUCAAUCGAAGGCAGUCGAACGAUUUUUAGCACGUCGUUUUAAUAUGUUAGGUAGUAAUGAUAUUGAAGCUGCAAUUAUAGAUGCGGCUGGUGAACAAAUGCUUGAUGUUAAACAAGCAUAUAAUAAAGCCAAAACUGCAGGUGGUGAUAGUGUUAAACAAUUUUUUGAAGAAGAUUUAACAAAAACUUUUACAGCAUUUGAAAAGCAAGCCAAUAAAGAUAAAUCUGGCUAUUGGAUAGGUUCAAAUUUAUCAUUAUUUGAUAUUCAACUUUAUAAUUUAAUACAUUUUUUUGAUGAUCAACAAAGUGUUCAAAAAGUAUUAGAAAAGUGUUCAACAUUAAAAGCUAUUCAUGAUAAAGUUGAACAAAUACCAGCAAUUAAAAAAUGGCUUGAUGAACGUCCUCAAACAAUAUUUUAA